AUGGUUGUACAACGAAAGGCGCCAAUUGCGCCAGUUCCUACCGCCUCUAGACAUAACUCCUCCCAUGCCGUCCCCAAAGCCAGCAAACCGAAACAACCCUCCACAUUGACAAAUGGGUCCAGUGCUGUUGCUCCAAAGGAGCCACAAACUUCACCCUCAUCCCAGAAUGGCGCGUCAACAUCAUCAAAGUCCCAUUCUAAAUCGAAACACAAAAAUCGACACCCCGACAAGAAACCACCCAAAUCUUCUCGAAGUAUCCUUGACCGACUAGGCCUGUUGGUGCUUGGUCUGUUCGUAUUCUACGCAUUCAGGACCUGCCCCCAAGACACACAUCUUUCAAACCCCAUCUGCCGCUCUCUUUCACAAUACCGCACCCAUGUUCUUGAGCCCUAUGUCAUCCCUCAACUCAACCGAGCCAUAUCACAUCCCUCCAUUGCGCCGUACGUUGUCAAAGCUGAGCAGAUCGAGCGCGAAACAGUCCGUCCUAUCGUCGUUAAGACUGUUCAAGUAACAGGGCCAUAUGUGGCUGCCACCAAGCGGAUUACUUGGGACAAAACAGCAGUUCCGUUAUUCAAUGCCUACGUCGUGCCCCAAUAUCACAAGCAUGUCCUCCCACAAUGGAAUAAACAUGUCGUCUCGCAAUGGAGGAAGCAUGUGUCCCCACAACUCCAGCGCGUUCAGCCACACUUUUCUCGGGCACAGCGGACUAUUCAGACCUCUGCCAUCGUCGGCCGCAAACUGUAUAUCACCCGAAUUCAACCAGCACUUGUGAAGGCUUACGCUUUGACCAAACCUUACGUGGUCAAAACCUACGUCAUCGUCAAGCCCCGCGCUCUUGCCUUUUAUGGUGCACUAUCCGCACGCACUGGAGAAGCUCGGCGAGCUUAUGUCGAUCCACAUGUUGUCCGUAUCUGGGAGAAAGUGCUUGAACUCAGUGGGGCUGGGCCUAUCGGCAGUCCAGUUGUACCAGCUCAAAAACCAGCGGCAAGCAAUGUUGUCUCCAGUUCAACGGAAUCAACCAUCCAGCAGAGCUCGACACCAGUCCCGCAACAGGAAGAGACACCGUCGGUACUGCCGUCUUCGACGCCUGCAGAGACAUUAGAAGUUGCCCCGUCUGCCGAGACCACGUCUACCGUUCAGGCCACAACUUCUUCGAGUGUCAUCGAGCCGGAGAGUACCGUUGCUGCUGCUCAAGCCGAACCAGAAACUUCCUCGAUUGUUCCAACCACUGCCACGACCACUGCCGUCCCUGUUGAGUCCGUUGAAGCAGAGAUCGCUGCCGCCUCUAUUGCCAUCCAAUCUGCUCAUGGAAUGGAAUCGCCCGUCGUCGAAUCAAUGCUGGAAGAUAUAAAAGUCAAGGCACCAGCUCUAGCUACCCCCACUCCACUUCAAGAGGAUGAAGACGACGAGGAUGUGUCCGAUUUCCUUGAUGACCUCGGUAUCUCGCCUGAUGUGCCGCCGCCAGAGGAAACCUUCGUCUAUGAAGAUGAGGAUGUCGAGUUGACCCCUGCCGAGAUCAUGGCCCUGAAGCGCAAGCAAGACGAAGAGCAGCGUGUAGCCAAGGAACGCGAAACAAGGGAAAAACGCGCGGAUCUAGAGGGUCGAAUGGCAAAGAGCAAUGCAGAGCUGACUGCGCUGUCCAAGCAGAAGAACAAGGAGCUUCGCAAGUCACUCGUCGCCAUACGUAAAGCUGCUGUUGCGAAAUUGAACGACGAGAAUUCCACAAUCGGCAAAUUGAUCCCCGAGCUCGAGAAGGAAACAGAAAAGAUUUUCAAGGGCUUGGAGGGAUACUUGAAGAAGGAACUGAAGAGCAGCAAAGGCAUCGUCUCUGAACGGAUUGACAAAUGGAGUAACGUUGUUGAUAAAGUCGAGGAGAGGCUGGGAGAAAAGGUACAGGUGGCACAGAACACGUUGCACGAGUUCCAUAGCGAUGUCAAGGCCCGCGAAUUCGAGAUGGGUAUGGCUCUAAUCGAGGAGGUGAAAGCUGCCUGUGGCCAAGCUCAGGCUGAUGUUGGAUUGGAGCUUUCAUGGUUGCAUGAUGUAACUUAUAUGGACUGGCAAGUCUACCACGAUCUUGCCCGAAUUGGGGAGAAGUUUCAAGCGGAGGCGUCAGAGAUUCAAGCCGGAACUCACGCACAUCCUCCUUCUGACCCAUUCAUCAAGAAAUAUGGGGAAAUCGAGACCUACAUGGGUGCGGUAGUCAGCGGGAUUAUCGACCGCGUUACGGUUCUGCGUGGUGAGGGCGAGACUGCGAUUGCCAAGGCCGCGUUGCCUCCGAAAGCAUCGGCGCCAGUUCCCGAGCCAGAACAGCCAGAACCAGAAGUGUCCAUCUUACCAAUAGAUGACAAGACGCCGCCGGCGCCGACAACAGACCAAGAAUUUGAAGCAGAUCAAGUUAUCAUUGGAAAGAGUGCAGAGCAGGUGGAGGAGGCACUGAGGCGUGCGUCAGACACUGAUCCGUCGGUUCACCAGGAGCUGUAG